AUGCCUUUUGUUAACAUUAAGAAGCAAUAUCUUGCGGUCGGAAUGUUGGUGUUCGUUGUCCUAUUUCUGUUCAACAACAGGCCUGCCAUCCAGUGCCAGUUUACUCAAGAAGUUAAUACGUAUCUUCCUACGAUAUAUGGGAUCACUCCGACAUACAAAAGGUUGGCGCAAAAGGCUGACCUCACGAGGUUAUCACAAACCCUUUUGCUUGUGAAAAACUUUCACUGGAUAGUUAUUGAAGAUUCAGAGGAAAAGACUCCAUUGGUAGCAAAUUUGCUCCGCGAAUCAACACUUAAAUACACACACCUUUUUAUUAAAACACAUAAAUCGAAGCAUUCUACGGCGAGUGGCGUGGAGCAAAGGAACGAAGCUCUGAAUUGGCUUAGGCACCAUCUGUCACAAGCUGAGGACAAAAAGGGUGUGGUUUAUUUCAUGGACGACGAUAAUACAUAUUCCUUGAAAAUUUUCGACGAGAUGCGAAAGAUCCGGGAAGUUGGAGUUUGGCCAGUGGGUAUAGUCGGAGGUAUGCGGGUGGAGAUGCCUUUGGUCGUAGACGGAAAAGUGGUCGGUUUCAACGCCGUAUGGAAGCCAUUUAGACCAUUCCCAAUUGAUAUGGCUGGAUUUGCUAUAAAUGCUACAUUGUUUUUGUUUCACCCCGACGCCAAGUUUUCGAGGAAAGUGCAGUCCGGAUUUCAGGAAAGCGAGAUCUUAAAGUACUUCACAACAAAAUUCAAACUGGAGCCCCUAGCGGAGAACUGCACUAAAGUGUAUGUCUGGCAUACACGAACCCAGAAAACGUCGAUCAUCAACCCUAAGAAACUUAAGAACCCACCGGUACCCGACGAUCAUAUUGAAGUGUGAUUCGGUAUUUGCAGCUCCAUUGGUUUGUUCUAAAAUGUGAUCAACGCAAUCCAUUGCAACCCAGGUGUUGCCACUAAUGAUAAUCUAGUCCUACUUAUGUUGAUCUAAGCUAAAAGAGUUCAGUGUCAACGCUGAACUUGCGCUGAUACCGCUGAAUUUUUCAGUAGGAUUCGAGGUACGUUCUCACGAAACGCUAAAAUUAGCCCUCAAGAAAUAAGCCCGUGGGUUUUAUUGAUCAAGUAGGAACGAAUUUAAAAAUUUUACUGUGGAGUUUUUUCUUGGUGUUGCCAUGUUUUCACUUUAAAAUUUACUAUUUAGUGGUUCCUUUAUACUAAAUUAAAAUAAGCUUCCUGGUUUUUGUCUUAUUUGUAUGCAUGUUUAAUUUCAUUGUAGGCCAAAAGUAUUUUAAUUUCGUAGUAAAGUUUCCGUGACGAAGAAAAUGAUAAAUUAUAGACAGUAAUAAAUAUUAUUUUUAUGAUUAACACUAUUAAUAGUAAGCAGUAUAGGACAAAGUGAUACCUAUGUCUUAUUUUUUCCGUUAUAGGGCUGAUUUUGAAAUCAGCUCUGAAUUUUUCCCCUAAGUCAACAUAAAGUUAUAUUAAAGUUAAAUUCUGUAAACACAGUGAAGAACACGCUAUAACGUUCGUCAGAUGGUUCUUUUCCGUGCUGCCAUAGUACCGAGCUGCCUACGUUAAAGCAUGCUGAAUUUACCCUAUAUGUUUCACACCUUUAGUAUACGGUCUGUACGGAUGAUAGAUGUGGUUCAAUCCUAGAGGAAAAACGAAAUACGUAUACUGUAGCCGCCAGACCCAAAGUAGAUGACGAUCAAGAGCUCGACGACUCGUAAAAUCAAAGACGAUUUUAGUUAACUGUGUUAUAUUUAGAUAGGUGACUGGUUAGUUACAGGAGUAGUGCCGUUAAAUCGAUACAGUGAUAGUUUCUGAAGGGGUACAGUUUUAAAAGUGAACGGUCCUUUUCACCUUUUUAGUUACGUACAAAAUUCGUUACAAAUGUGGUAGGGAUGAAAAAGACAUAUGUGGUGUUACUCGAUUGGUUCAAAAUAGGCCUACGUAAUGUGCCCUUGACGAGCAGCGUUUUGUUACUGCUUUGGAAAUUAUGUUAAAAUUACAAAAAUUGUUGCGUUCGCAACAUAUACAUCUAAUCCUCGCUUAAAUUGAAUUAUACUAUUAAAAGGAAGUCCCUUUGUACCUGGCCGAUAUUGGUGGAUUUGAACUAUCAACCGCUAAGAAAAUGGAUGCCAAUACGAUUUAAAAUAAUUCCCAAAAAUGUUACUCUAAUACCAGUGAUAUAACACCUAAUUCCAUAAAAUUCAGUAUUAAUAAUGGUUUACUAUUAUUUUGACAAAUGACUUUAGACUUACUUAGCCUUUAUACUUGUAGAGAGAUAGAUCCAUAAAGUAUAAUAAUA